AUGGCCAGCAAUCAAGCCCAGGUUGCGAAGUCCAAAAGCUUUCGCGACUACCUCCCGGACCUUUCGACGCCCCGCUUCACACGCCUCGUCGAAUGUGAUGCCUAUUCUCACUCAGCAGAGCUUUUAGAACUCCAGAGGCCGCCAUGGCUGUAUGGACUAGUGAUGCAUUGGAAGGAACUGCUCCAGGAGCCAUUUCGGGGUGUCACUACGGAUGGAACCCCAAGACCCGACUUGUUCGAGCUCCGGGACGAAGGCGUCCCGAUUGCAGAUAUCGUAUCCGCCACUGAAACCGUCCUAAGCCAGUUGACACCCGAGCAGAAGACCAAAACGCUCUUGCACAUCGACUCGCCCGAAUGGCGCACAUGGUCGAACCCUGAGUUCCUCAUCUCCAACAAGGGCAUCCGGCUCGACGAGAUUGCCGCGCCUCUACGCGCCUCCGUGCUCAAAGUCCUGGAAACGACCCUCUCACCCGAGGGCUAUGAAAAAGCCAUCGGUGCCAUGCGCGUGAACCACUUCCUAGGUGAGCUCGUGCACGCCUCCAAGGUAAUGAAUGAGUUCUCGUACAAUUGGUGCGUCUUCGGGACGCCCUCCACGACCAACCCCUGGGGCUUCAGCUUCUACGGCCAUCACCUCUGUCUGUCCGUGUUUCUGUACGGGUCGCAGAUCGUCGUGAGUCCGUGGUUCACGGGCGCAGAGCCGAACUUGAUUGAUGAUGGGCCGUACAAGGGGACGCGGAUCCUGCAUGAGGAGGAGCGGUUGGGGUUGCAGUUGAUGCAGAGCUUAAGUGCGGAAGAGAAGGAAAAGGCAAGGAUCUAUGAGAAGAUGAAAGAUGAGAAGAUGCCCAAGGGACGGUGGAACCACGACGACCAGCGGCAUGUGCUCGGUGCGUACCGGGAUAAUCGGAUUGUUCCGUAUGAGGGCAUCGUAGUCGAUAAUCUAUCGGCGGGGCAGAAGGAGCUUGUUCAUGGGAUUCUGAACCAGUAUUUUCUGUAUUUACCGAAACGCGCGAGGGAGCUCAAGGUCAAGGAUGUGGAGAGGCAUUUUGGGGAGACGUAUUUCUGCUGGAUUGGCGGGUGGGGGGACGACGAUGCGUUUUAUUACCGGAUACAGAGCCCGGUGAUUGUGGUCGAGUUUGAUCACCAUGGAGGGGUGUUUUUGGCGAAUGGACAGCCGGAGAGGUUUCACAUACACACGUUGUUGCGGACGCCGAACCAGGGGGAUUAUGGGUAUGCUCUGAAGAAGUUGAGGAGGAAUGGAGACGGGGUCAACCAAAAUUGGGUGUGGGAGGGUUAG